AUGUCUUCUACAAAUUUAUUAAAAAAGGGAAUGAAUUUAAAAAAAAGCAGACCAAAAAGCAAAGCUGAGAAACUUGCUGAACGCCAACAAUGGAUGUUGUCUUUUAAUCACAACGAUUUUGACAAUCGCCAAGUCCAAAACGAUGAAGAUGAUGAAAUUGGUGUUAAAGGAGUUAAUAAAAAAUUAAAAAGAAAAACUGCCAAAGCGGAGAUGGAGGAACUUUUUAAAGAUCUUGAUGGUGAAGAGUUAGAUGAUGAAGAAGAGUUGGCAGAUUUUUGUGAUCAAAACAAUGAAGAUGUUGCUGAUAUUGAAGGAGACGACAAUUUGUCAGUUCAAAGUUCUGAUUAUGAUAUUAACCAAGAUGGACAUUCUUCUAAAAAUUUAGAGUCACUUUGUGACAAUGAGAAUGAAAGGCUUGCUAGUGAUGAUGAUGUACCGCCUGAGGAAUUUUCAUCAAAUCUUCAUGAAAAUACAAAUGUUGAUGAACAAAUUUCAAAAAAGAAGGUUCAAAAUGAAAAUCCUCAGCGAAAGAAAGCCUCGAAAAAGAAAAGGGAUGCAAUUAAACAAAAGAAACUGAUGGAGACGGACAAUGGAGUUUAUCGAGUUCAGAAGGGGUAA